AGAACAACCCAGGCCAGGCAUGCGUGGCGCGACCUGCCUCGACUCGCCGAACCCGAAGACAGGCGAUAACUUCACCUACAACUGCCGAUCUGGUUACGACGAUUUAGUUUCAAGAGAUGCACCUGCGCUCCGGGUUACAUCGGCCUGUACUGCGAGACGGAUAUCGAUGAACACCGGAUACACCGGUGGCAAUUGCACCGAGGACAUAGACGAAUGCGAAAAUUCACAGACAGAUUGUGGACACGGCAGGUGCCAAAAUCUGCCUGAUAGUUACGAUUGCGUUUGCGAUUUUGGCUACUGCGGCUACAAUUGCGCAAUGUUGGAUCCUUGCCAGGAGAACGGUGGCCAAAGGUCUGCAGGUGUGCCAAAGAUGGCGGAUACGAAUGUGAAUGCACUUCUGAAUACACGGGACUAAAUUGUACUGGGUGCAGUCCCAUUGAGCACGGAUCGGAAUGACGGAUCGGAUUUCUCACCAGAAUUCUAGUGAAUUUUUGAUCCUGCUAUUUCUUCCGAUCGGAACGCG